AUGACUCUCAAUGAGGCUACAACAACGCUGUCAAAUAAAUUCGAAACACUUGAAGAACUGAAGAAACUAAUAAUCCUUGGAGGCCAAUUGGAGAUCAUCAAGAAUGACACAUUUACCAGUGCCAAUAAUAAACUAAGACACGUUCAAAUAUCAUCGUGUUCAAUAUUUUUUAUUGAACCAAAGACUUUUGCUAAUUUGACAGAUCUUUGGUAUUUAGAUUUGUCAAAUAAUUCAUUAAUGAGAAUAGCACCUGGUACGUUUGAUGGCCUUUCUAAUCUUGAAGUAUUAAAGUUACAAAAAAAUAAUAUUUACAAAAUUAAAGAAUCAACACUAAAUGAUUUGGUUAAUCUCUAUAGAUUUGAUAUAUGUGACAAUGAUCUUACAGAAAUAUCCAAUGAAAUAUUUUAUAAUACAAAAAUUGAAUAUCUAUAUUUACGAAAUAAUAGAUUAAAAAUUAUUCAAAAAGAAUUAUUCAAUUAUACAAAUUCAACAUUGAUUAAAGAAAUUGAUUUACAAAACAACUAUAUUGAUCGCAUUGAGAAGGGUGCUUUUGCAGGAUUAAAUUUAGAUGUUCUCGAUUUGGCUAAAAAUAAACUUCAAGUUAUUACGAACGGAAUAUUUCAAGGUUGCUUAGGUAUAUUGGAGCUUAAUAUUUCAGUUAAAUUAGGAGAAUACGAUACCACAAUAUCAGAUGAAAGUAUUUCAUGGAUUAUACCAUAUGCUUUCAAGGAAACAAGAACAAAAACCCUAAGUUUAAACUUUGCAAAGGGACUAUUAACUAUUGAACCAGAAUGUUUUAAAGGCUUGGAGCAAAUAACAACUCUAGAUCUUUCAUCUGAAAAAAAGCUCGGUAAUUUAGAUUUGUCAAAUAAUUCAUUGAUGAGAAUAACACCUGGUACAUUUGAUGGUCUUUCUAAACUUGAAACAUUGAACUUAGAAAACAAUAAUAUUUACAAAAUUAAAGAAGCAACACUAAAUGAAUUGGUGAUAAAUGACUAA